GUGAAUGAACGACAGCCAAAGUUCUUUAACCCUUCGGGGUUAGAAGGAUUUUGUAUUUUUUAUUGACCAACAUGAAUUCGACACAAAGCUAAAUACUGUGUAUGUAAUUCUUAUGUCUCGUUCCUUCGAAUGCAGUGAAUGUUCUUCGAUAAUUCUUCCGUAGUUCGCGAAACAAUCAGAAAUUCUGAUGUAAAUUGUACAAUUGUACGGUCGCUAAUAGGAAGGUGUGAAAACAAUUCGACUGAUGCGCUCAUGUGGCAAACCUCGGCGAAUUGUACAACAGUAUAAAUUGUAUUCUCCCGAUCUCCUGGACGCUCUUCCUCCUCCUCACUCUCACCUCACGCUGUAUCCUGUAUCUUUCAGUAGGGUUAUUUAAAAAUGGCGGACGCAUCGUCUUCCGACACUACCUCAGAUUGUUGCAAUGAAUGGUUCUCUGAUAUUACCUCGGAAAGAUCGGAAUACGUUAUAGUGGGUCAGAAACCGUGUCUUUCCCAUCGUCGCAGUAAAAGACAUUUCUUACAGAAGCUAUUUUUAAGAGAGAUCAGAGGUUGUCUAUCGGCGCACAAUUAUGCAUCUGAGGAAAGACUGUUCGCUACGGUACCUUCAUGGAGACACUUGCCGCUUUUACACGUAAUCCCUAAAUCUGCAUUAGAAGCAGGCUCUUACAUUUUAAGGCACAUUGUAAUGGGACUGACGCAAUGUGGUCAGUUUUUACUUACAUACACGUACACAAUGGACAUGAGUAGCAAUGCUUCUUUAUACAAAUACUUGCUACACUGGUGGGCCUUCACACCGAAUCAUGUUGCACGUAAAGUUGCAGAGGUUACGCUUUUUGGUAAUUACACUAUCUAUAGAGAACUUAGCAUUGUCAUAUCUCAGUGGCCAAUGGAACGGAAUAAGCUAGUGAUACAUGGCCUUUGUACAAACUGGUUGCACUCACAGCCAACUGAUAGAGCAUACUUGACAAUAACCACAGUACCGUCUCUGGAGAAUUGUAAGGAUUGUUUAAAAGUUGCUGCAUCUUAUGAAGAGGAAGGCGAAGAGUUGGCUGCAAACUGGGAUGGUUGCGUGCGAUGUAACUGUCUUCAACAUGGACUCACAGUUCACACCAUCUAUGAAGUAAUUUCCCCAUAUCCCAGGUUCCGAGCUACCGUCUGCUUGAACUAUUGGAAUCAUGUGGUAGUUAACACAGGAAACUUUUUACAUGUACUCAGGGUGGAUUUGGACAUUCCAAAGUCAAAGAAUCAGAAGACUUGUGAUAAACAGGACACUGUGAUAUCAGACACGGUGCCAUUGGACAUGAGUGACGUGGAGGAAUUGGAUUACACAAAGGUGGAACGUUAUGAGAGCUCCGAUGAGAAAGUAGGUACGCCGGAGUGCGUGAUCGAUCAGUCCCCCAGGUGCGAAUCGAGUAUAGAACAGGACUUUCCGGAGGAACCAAUUAAACUAGAUAUCGAUAAGUUAGCUCAGGACCCAUCGAAUACCUCGAACAGUAAUCAAAGCGAUUGUGUCUGUGAUAGAAGUAAGUCUGUCUCUGAUAGUGUUAAGUCGUGCGAGUGCGCGGAUUCCAACGACUGUAAAUGCCUGAACGUGAGGUCACAGCAAGCGAUAUCGGUCAGGGACAAGAUCCUGCAAGACUUCUGCGAGGACAUGUCUCAGGAAUUAAAUAUCGGUAGUGAUCUGAUUACCUUAGUGAAACACCCCUCGUGUUCCCCUCGAUCGACCCCGCAGAGACUCCCCUCUGAUCUCAAGAUGACCAGCUGCUGGUCCUCGCCGAUUCUCACACCGCCAUCCGAUAUACUUAAGACCCGCAAUUCGGAAUCUAGUCAUAAAAGCAGCCGCAAUCAACGCUCAAACUCCCCUCAGCCGGGUGCCUCGGAGGAGGGUAAUAACGUGGCUUCCGUGAAUUCUCCACUGCACUCCAUAAAUCCUUCUUGUUCUUCACGAUUGAUGUCCCCGCCGGUGUCGAGGUCGUUUCGCCAACCUAGUCCACGCAAGCGAUCCAAUUUGCAUUCUCCACCUCCAAUUGUAAAUUCGUCGCAGCCCAGAACGACGAGAGCAACGCACAAACUGAUCCUCGAAGCGGAGAAGGCCUACGAGUUCACGGACGAGGCACAGGAGACCUGCGAGAAACUCAGUUCAUUCCGGAAACGAAGACUCGCUGACAAGAAGUAUGAGUUCUGCGACGAGGCUGAGGACGCCGAGAAUAUAGUUCCUUUCAAGCAUAUCAGAGAUCAGUUUAGACACCGUGGUUGCGCCAUACACCAGAUACCUUCGUCGCCGACCAUGUCUCCUGUACUGCCAAACGGCAAGAAACAUUGGGUGGACUCUGAUCAGAGUGAGCCAGAUGAUUUUAGUAUUAACCAAGACGUUGGAGCGUCGAACGACGUGACCGGUGAUUCAGCCGAGAAGAAUGUUUUACGUCCGCUGAACCAAAAUCAGCUACCCAACGGAGGUUUAAGCAGGGACCGCUUGGCCAAACAUUCUAUGAACUCUUCUCCGCUAGUUCCAAAAAUUAAUUUACAGUAUCCCAUCAUAAAGUGCACUGCCCACUUUAAGAGGAGUUACAUAGAAAUGGACGACGAAAUGAUAUCAGUUAUCACCGACGUUGAAGAUGAAGAGACUGGAGGGUACGUGAGCUAUCAGUGUGUGCUUCCUAUGCUUGUCCAUGGAUCUGGAUAUGUACAAAUGCAAAUGAUCAGCAACAGUAAAGCUGAAAAAAUGAUAGUACCUUGCGUGUCGAUAAGUCAGCUAAGUUUUGAUAUUGAAACAUUUUCUCAUCACAUCGCCGAUUGGAUUUGCAUGAGAUUUAAGAAGCGAUAUUGGCACUGCAGCGAUUACGAUAUUGAGAUCAUAGAUAUAUGCGCGUUGAGCGGCGACAUAAUUUGUUUAUUGAUCAUGAAAAUCCAAGCCAGCGAAAUUAACAAUCAAACACAAUGUUCUCAAGAAAGAAAACAGUACGAAGUAGGAUGUAAAUUCACAUGGAACAUCGACACGAGCCAGUACAGAAUAACAGACAUAUUACCGAUGGAAGAAGUGAAACCGGAAUCCUGUAAACCGAAUUGCGUAAACGUUCCAAAUUUUCGGAGUCCCUUGUGGAACCCAACUCGACGUCUGGCACCAAAGUUGAGAGAGAAGAUACAGCAACCGUAUGCGCACACAGUACGGUUCUUGCAUAAUGAAAUGACUCUUGCCGGUGAAUCUAUAACUAGACUGUAUGAUUUGGACAAUUUGGUGGAGUUCUUCAUAACACCGAUGCCAAACGAUCCUUCGAUCGAAUAAGGUCACUGUCAGUUCAAAAGUAUGUUGCAAACAAUAAUUUAUUUAUUAAUACAAAUCUAAGAGUUUCAUCAUUAAUAAGGUAACGUGUACAAUGUAAUGAAUGUCUUGAGACCGUAACUACUAUAUAUAUAUACAUAUAUAUACAUAUAUAUAUAUAUAUACAUAUAUGUAUAUAUAUAUACCAUAUACUAUAUAGUAUGUAUAUGUAUAUAAUAUAUAAUAACUAUUUCAAACAUUGUUAGUUCCAAGCGUGGAUAACAGCAGAUACGACACGUUGUAUAGAUCCAGUGGUCUACCUUUUUUCACAAGACUACUGAAUAAGUUGAUUGUUAAGUGCUGCCGUAUAUAGAUUGUCCAAAAAACUUAAUAAUAUAGAGUAAGAGUACUGAUUAAUGAUACAACGAACAUUGUAAGCGUUUGCUUGAAUUUGUAAAUUGUAUUCUAGCAUUAUAUAUUGACUAUCUAUGAUAUAUAGAUAACUUUGAUAUCUAUUAUCAGAUACAGGUGACUAAAAACUGAUUGUCAAUAAAUGUGUUGUAUGUGGUUCAAAAGUAAGGGGGAGAGAGAACUAACGAGAAAAAUCGUGUAGUACUUGGUCCCAAACUUAAUUGGUGAUCUAAGAUCAUAGUCGAGUCUAUGCCGAAAUUUGCACUAGCUAAUACUUAUAGAAUUAAUCAUAUUAAUUUAAUUUUUGUCAUGUUUCACGAACUUAUUGUAUCAUAAAGCCAUUUUACCAUAAACUUUUUUAUAUAUCGAAACUAUGAAUACAUUAUACAAAUGUGCAAUCUAACGGGCGCACUUGUAAUUUAUGUAAGUACUAAUCGAACUUUCAACAAAGAACACUCGAGAAUUUGAAAGACAAAGUUAUUUAAUUGCUGAAGCGAUGACAUUAAAGCUGGUGAAGUCAGUUUCUUAAUUGCAAUAAACGUAUCAUCGGUAAUAGCA